GUCUCCAGGGUUGGGCCUGGCAGGUCACAGAUCACAAAGCCCUUGUCCACCAUCUGACGUGGCCCUGGGCCUCAGCUGCAAGGGAGGCGCAGGUCAGGAGGGGCAGGCCCUAAGGCCCCCAGCCUUCCCUGAAGAGGAAGUCCCAUGCCAGAUUUGCAUCUGCUGCCCACACCCUGGGAGUGACCCUGACUUUCCCCUGGCCCAGGCGGCCCGGCAGGAGACGGAGUCUUGUCUGGACACCGUGUGGAAGGAAGGGGAAAUGGAGCCCAGACAGGGCUGUGCAGGUCCCCAUUAAACCCCAAGAUGCAUGUGGCCGAGGGCGGAUGCUGGUGACCGUGUGCUUUCCUGGCAGAGUGGCUUUCAUCUUCUGAUCUCGAAGUGACCGUAGGACCAGCCUGAGGACACUGGCCUCAUCCGCAUGGCUGGCUUCCUUGGGGCCAUCAGAGUUGGGGCCCAAGGGGUGGGCCCUCCCGGGGUGGGCCCUCCCCUUCCCACAUGCUGCACCCCACAGGGGUUCGUGACCCCCACUUCCUGCCUGAGCCAUCUGGGAUGAACUGGGCAAUGACAAUGCUUUUACAGGGGCAAUUAUCAGGAAACCAUCGAGAUAAUCAUGGCCAUGCCCAGUGACUGGGCAAUUCCACAGGCUCACCUCGUGCAUUCUCCCCAGGCCGCUUGAGAAACUCGUAGCAAUGGGCAGCUCACUCCGGCUCCUGCGGCCAGGAAGUGGUCAGAACAGGCGUCAGCCCGGGCCUGACCAACACCCAGGGCCCACAUGCCUGUCCCCCGCCAUCCUGCCUCUCCUGUUAUUCAGUCUGGUGGGUCAAGGGUGGCCCCGGGGCGUCCAGGCCUGGCUCCUCCUCUCCUCCCAGGCCCUCUGCAGGUGUCGGCUUGAGCCUGUUCAAACCAUAGGUAUGAAUGAGGGCGUGUGGACGCUUCUCCCACCCUCAUCCUCAUCUCUGUAACCAGGCUGUGUGCCUGGUGGGUUUCGGGUCUCGUUAAAUACUGAUAUGGCCCUGGAGGAAGCAGCCCCAUUGCUGUAUCUGCUUUACAGAGGAGGAAACUGAGGCUCAGAGAGGCCCCCAGCUUAAGAGAGGAGGGUCUGAGGUGAGUGUGCCCGACUCCAAAGCCUGGGCUCAUCAUCCCGCCCCUGGGUCUGCCCUGGUGUGGGGGCCUCUGCGGCUGCUGGACCCCAGCCCCACAGCACCCACCCGGACGAAGCCCUGGGACCAGCACCCCUCGGCGGCUUCAGCAGCUGCUGCUGAGUCUGGCUCCCUCUACAGGUGGUCACGGGGUGGAGGGAGGCCAGGGACACUGCCAUUCCCCACACUCACCUUUCACAACCCAACUGACGGUACCACGGAGGAGGAAGGGUGAGAAAGAGACCACAGGAAGCAGUGACGCGGUGGGGGUGGGGGCGAGGGUGGGGCAGCUCAGCAGAGCCUGGAUCCAGAGGACACAACACGCAGCUGCAGGACUCUGGCCACCGUGGACAAGGCUGGCCAAGGAUGGAGAUGCCCAGAGCCCUGGGGGUCCUGCUCCUCCUGCACUUGGCUUCAGGUAAGAGAAAUGUCCUGGCUGUAACUGAGCAGCCAAGAAAAGUCUGCGAGGGGCUCGACCAUGCCAACCAGUACGAUAACUUCGGCCUUGAAGACACGGCUAAGUGCUUCGCAAAGUGUACACAGUCGGGGAACGAAUCCUGCAAUCUGGGAAACUUGCAGAGAUACUGGCUGAGCUAUGAGGUCCAUCUGGUGGAGACAAGUCCAAAGGAUACGGUGAACAUGUCUUUUUUGAAAGCUCUUGUUCUGAACAUCAGCACCAACAUCUCGAAAGACCUGCACUUCUCCCUGGCCGCCUCUCAGAUUCCAAGGCAGGUGACGGAGGACGAGCACCAGCACCCCGACCGGGUCCGGCUGCCCAGGAGCCUUUUUGAAUCCCUGCAGGGCAGCAAGCCGACUGUCCGCUUGGCCAUAACCAUCUUGGACAUUGGUCCAGGGACUCUCUUCAAGGGCCCCCAGCUCAGCACGGCUGACGGCAGCAGCGUGUUGAACAACCGCCUGGUGGGCCUGAGUUUGGGUCGCAUCCCUGUCACCCAGCUGGCCGAGCCUUUAGAGAUCACCUUCUCCCACCAGCACCAGCCUCCCAACAUGACCCUCAGCUGUGUGUUCUGGGAUGUGAACAAAGGGUCCUCAGGAGACUGGUCAUCCAAGGGCUGCUCCACAAACCUCGGCGCCAACAGGACCGUCUGCCGCUGUGACCACCUGACCUUCUUCGCCCUGCUGCUGAAGCCGAUCUUGGACAAGGUCACCGUAAGGGCCCUCACGCGCAUCUCCCAGGCUGGCUGUGGUACCUCCAUGAUCUUCUUGGCCUUUUCCAUUGUCCUCUAUGCUCUCCUGAGGUUCUCUUGGCAGAGGUUCAAGUCUGAAGAUGCCCCCAAGAUCCACGUGGCCCUGAGCAUCAGCUUGUUUCUCCUGAAUCUGGCCUUCUUCAUCAACGUGGGGCAUGGCUUGAUGGGGUCCGAUGCCACCUGUUGGGUCCGGGGGGCCAUCUUCCACUACUUCUUGCUCUGUGCCUUCACCUGGAUGGCCCUGGAAGCCUUCCACCUCUACCUGCUCAUCAUCAAGGUCUUCAACACCUACUUCGGGCACUACUUCCUGAAGCUGAGCCUCGUGGGCUGGGGUCUGCCUGCCCUAAUCGUCAUCGGCACUGGCAGUGCCAACAGCUAUGGCCCCUAUGCCAUCCGCAACAAGGAGAACAUCAUUGUGCUGGAGCUGUGCUGGUUCCGUAAGGAGACCGCCCUCUACGUCACCGUCCAUGGCUAUUUCCUCUUCAUCUUCCUCGUCAGCGCCGUGGUCCUGGCCCUGGUGGCCUGGAAGAUCUUCACUCUGCCCAGUGGCGUGGCGGGCAAGGAGCGCAGGACGAACUGGAAGAGGGUGCUCACCAUCCUGGGCCUCUCUAGCCUGGUGGGCGUGACGUGGGGGCUGGCCAUCUUCACGCCCCUCGGCGUGUCCACCAUCUAUAUCUUUGCACUGUUCACCUCUCUGCAAGGUGUCUUCAUCUUCUGCUGGUUUGUGGUCCUCUACCUCCCAAGCUGGAGCACCAUGACCUCAUCCUCUGGGACUGCCCGCAACGACCAGGCCCCCAUCGUGUCUCAGGAAUAGGGGGCUGCUGUGUGGCCGGGCCGGGCAGGCCCCAUGUGCUGGACUCGGUUCUGAUUCCCUGUGUGACCUCAGGGGCUGGCAGCCUCCCUGCCUCCUUUGGGGCCCUGCACAUCGUGACUGGGGAGCAAGGCGAUGGGAUCCAGGUUGGAUGCAGCCUCAGAGGUCCUGUCCAGAUACGCCUAUGGGUCAGAGCGUUCACACAUCCAUGAUGGCAGGAGGCUAAAGUUCCUAUAAUCCUGAGACUCCUGCCAGCACAGACCAACAACCACCCCCGGCCUUCAGAGCAAAGCGCCCUGUCACCUUCUGGUCUCAGGAAGGGCCUGAGCCCAAAUAAGGAAAUCCGUCACUGGCCUCUUGAAGGAGCACCCCCCCACCGCCACUCCCCUUCCUUCCUUCCCCUUGUCACUGCCCUCCCCCAAUUCCACCCCUUGGCUGCCUGUACCUGGUUGGGGGGGUGGACACUCAGCAGGCCGUCAUUCCCUCAGCCUGGGAAUGGAGGUUUCUUCGUGGUGGGGGAGGGGGUCUGGUCCUCCCAUCCAGCCUGCCCCUGGUCUCAGCCCCUCUCACCAGGGCCCCCUACCCCUAAGGGGGCUGCCAGCCCUCUGAGCUUUGGGGACACUGCAUUUCAAAGGGUACCACUUACUCAGCAGGUAGGAUACCUCCAGCAGAUGCCCCCAGGCCCUACUCUGACUGUGCUGAAGGUGUCCUGACCUCUGAUCUCCUGACUCCCUGGGGUGGAGGGCAAGCGGUCCAGGACUCUGCCUAGCUGAGGGCUUGAGCCAGCACAGGGGGGCUGGGCAGGGUAGACAGAGCAUGGGCCUUUCUUCUGGCAUCAGCUACUAUAGAGCAGGUGGGCCCUUUGACAGCUUCACUCGCUCACCGGUUCAGCCCAGCCCAAGCCUGGCAUGUUUCAGGCCCUGAAUAAAUAUGUGUUGAUGACCA